AUGGAUCUCCAUAGCCUGUUGAAUCAAGGGUCAUCCACUUUGUCCCUUGAUGACUUGACCCAAUUAUUGAAUGAAAAUGAUGAAAAAGAAAAGUUGAAUAGAAUUAGUCAAGCAACCUUUGAUUACAAUCAAUCGGAAGUGCAAUCGUAUUCGUUCUUUGACCUCUUCAUCAGAGUUCUGACCUCCGUCCAGCAUGCCGAUGACGACGAAUACAGUGCUCAGUACGCCAAAUCCGUCAUUACCGCCGCAUUGCGCCAAUGUAUUAACGAUCUGCUCCAAAAGUUUGGUCUCACCUGGGCCGUUCGCUUUUCCGCCAAGCUCAGUUUGUCGACCUGGAAAAUACUAAAGACGCAACCUGAAACCACGAUUCUCGUCUAUCUCUACGGUUUGGUCCUAGCCGUGGGCAAACAGCCAGAUAUAUCCAAAGAGGCAUGGAUCGACUCCUUGGCCUACUUUAUUCACGCCAGCCAUCCCGCCGUUGUCUUGCACAUUUGGUUGACAUGUUGCGCCGCUGAUGAGCAAACACCCGAUGCUUAUGUCGCCAAACACAAGAUGGUGACUGUUCUUGAACAGACCCUGGAGCAGCAAAAGUUGGACGGUGAAAAAAAUGGGUUGAAUGUGGCUGUUCAGCGGGUGAUAACACUGUUGAAGGAGGAAAAUGUAGGCUACCUUAUCGACCACAUUGAUAACCAAGUUGGCAAUGCCCUGAUUCGACCCUCUUUCACUGCCGAUGAAUUCGCUGUCGCCUGGAUGGAACUCGACAACAUGGUCAACGAAGCACCCUCCGACUUUCCCUAUUUGCUGCGUAAAAUGAAGCCGGACUCCCCUACGCCACCCAAAGUUAAUCCCCUAACGAAAGGUUUAAAAGGGACGCCCCCCGACGACUAUUACGAGCGAAGCGAGCGUCUAAAGAUAGGCAUGGAUUCCUGGAUGAAUCAAGUCAACUGCUUAACGCCAAGUGAGUUUCAGCGACUUUUAAACGCCCUCAUUCGUCAGUACCCGACAAGAAAGAAGACCAUGGUGGAUUGGACUUUGGUCACAUGGGCGGUGUAUGAUCCAUUCCAUUGUCAUGCCGACCUAAUACUCGAUGCCGUGAUUGGAAGGUUGAAUGGUGCGAAAUACGACAAACUCAGUGCUCCUUUUUACGCCUUUGAACAGUUGUUUAAUCUGGAUGAUGAAAAAAUCGACGGAGACCAUGAGGCCGCAUAUAAAAUCCAGACCGGAGCGCAGGUCCAUCUACCUCGCUUUUGCAUACGAUCUGACAAUGCACUAGAAAAUGGGUGUCUUUUUAUACUGCGGAAACUGACCAUGCAGCCAAGUCUAGCCACGAAUCAAUGGAAAAACGAUUGCUUAAAAGUGGCCCCUCCAGAAGUCACACAACAACAUAUUGAAUGGCUGCUCAACGAACUCAUUCACUCAUCACAGCCAGAUCAGACCAAUCCACUCAAAUCCGCCCUGUUACGCGUACUGCAACAUCCUCGCGUGAUCGCUUACUCGUCCUACAUUAUACCACUCUUACUGCGCACGGUUGACCAGGAACUGCUUGCGUGGUUACUCACCACCACCGAAGCUUCGGCUAUUUUCAUCGAUUACUUUAGUCAAGGCGCCCAGUUAUCCAGUAAAAUCCUGAUUUCCGACUUGCUAGAGACAAAGUCCAAGAGAUACAUGGAUGCCUUGUUGGCCUUUUUAAGGCGCCAUCUGACUGACACUUCGCUCAACUCGAAUCGGUCCAGGGUUUGGUUUACCCAUCAUUUUCUUGAAUCCAUCUUGGCACUGGCAGCCUCGGAUCCCACCGGUCACACUGUCGCUUCACAACUGUUUCGUCAAUUUCUGCGUACCGCCGACGAAUAUCAUUGGUACUUUGCCACGGCGCUGCAUCCGAAAAAUGAAGACAUGCUCGACUUUCGCUCCUUGAACAUCCUGCGAUUUCACACCGUUUUCCCUAUUCGUCACAUUGGAUUAGCAUCGGUAUUGCAACAAAUGGUCAAUCUGCCCAACACGCAGUCGCAGGAAAUAUUAAUCGAUCGAUGGUUCAAUCUCUGGGUCAGCCCAUCUGUCGAGACAGGAGAAUCACGGUUUACAGUCCCUGAAAGCUGGAUUAUUCAAUGCAUCGGUCUUUACGAUCAAGCCCCGGCCUUGAUGAAGCGGAUGAUGGAACGGUUACUGGAUAUCGGUCUUCGAUCCCAGAUGACCUCGGGUGCCGACGACAAACACACCUUUACCCAGUCAAUGAUGGAUCUUGUGCUGUUAUCCGAUACACCCAAGCCCCAGAUUAUUUUUGAUCUCUUUCAAAUCCAUUGUGAAAAGUUGGGAUGCGCUUCCACCGAGGAACCGGAAACGAUCCGUUGCAUUGGAUAUGCCUUUAUGGAAUUGGCCAACGAAAUCGACUUGGAACAACGUCAAUCCGAUCCACCAGCUCCUCCACCGUCAUCCCUUGCACCUCAUCAUGUACCAACGACCCUUCCUUCUCCUCUCAAACCAUUAUGGCGACGCAAGAUACGAAAACGUGAAUUGAGAAAAAUGAAACAAAAGGCGAGCAAGGAGGCUGCCACGGCCGCGGCGGCCGCGGCGGCGGUGUUGAUCCAUGCCCAACCGGGACCGACAGAAGUUAGACUGAAAGGGUUAAAGGUGCUUGUUACUCGCGUGUUGGAUUUUCUCGUGGGACUGUUUGAUGGGUCGGAUCAACAUAGUGUGUGCAUAGUUGCACGACAACGAUUGCAGCAAUCCAUGGCGAGCUGGCUUCUAAUUUAUGAACCACUGCGUCAGCUGAAUAGCGAAACAUGUUCCGAAGAUAUACGACAAGAUGUUCAAACCGUCAUUGAUGCAUGCAUCGACCUGCUUGGAGCAACCAAUCCUGCCAUGGUACAAAAGAUUCGUCGCAUUCUAUACCGUCCAUAA